AUGGCGGAAGAGUUUCUAUCGAUGGGCGACUCGGUGGUCAUCUGCGGUCGAGACGACGAUCGCCUGGCUGCAGCCGUUGAUGCGCUCCGACAGUCGGAAAAAGCGGCCGUCAAGGAAGACGAGUCGCCGAGUGCGCGCGUGUGGGGGAUCCGUUGUGACGUGGCGAAUGCGGAGGAUCUGGCGAGCCUGGCGGGAUUUGCGGUGGAGCAAAUGGGAGGCGUUGAUAUUUGGAUCAAUAAUGCAGGCCAGGUGACGUCCAAGUCGCUGCUUGCAGAUGUGGCUCCAUCGGACAUUGCCUCGGCUGUCAGCACCAAUGUGCUUGGGUCCCUCCUUGGCUGCCGGGAAGCCAUCCGAGUGAUGCGGCAACAAGCUGACGCAACCCAGUCCUCUGCCACGCCCCGUUACCACAUCUUCAACCUUGGGUUCUCCCGGUGGGGAGCAGCAUUCACGCGCUCAGCUGCCACGCACAAAGCCACCAAGAUGGCCCUCUCGCAGCUCACCACCAGUCUCAAUGACGAGCUCAAACAGGCAGGUCUGACAAGCAUAGCGGUGCACAACCUGUCACCAGGCAUGGUGCUCACGGAUCUGCUUCUCAAGGACUCCACUCCCAUCGCACGCCGCUUCUUCAAUGCACUCGCAGAGGAACCAGAGACUGUUGCAGCUGCCAUUGUUCCUCUCAUUCGUGGAGUCACGGCGCCGAACGAGAAUGUGGAGUACAUGUCGCCUGUAGAUGCGUUCAUUCGGGUUGUCACUGGAGUGCCACAGAUUGUCAAAGGUGGCCGGUUCUUUGAUGGAAACGGGGACAGGGUUCCACAAAAAGGUAGUGAUCAAACCAUGGCGGGCCACGUGGAGGGACUGACUGAGGAGCAGAAGCAGCAGUAUCUUGAUCAAGGCUAUCUGGUGCUUGAAGAUUUCUUGUCGUCGGACGAUUGCUCCCGAAUGAUGCAGCGAAUCGACGAGCUGCUGGAGGGUUUCGACCCCAACACGGUCAACGUCUUCAGCACGCGUGAUCAGGCCCGCCUGACCAACGAUCAUUUUCUCGACAGCGGCAGACGAGUCUCUUUUUUUUUCGAAGAGAAGGCGUUUGACGCAGACAAGAAGCUAGUGAAGCCCAAGAAGCUUGCCAUCAACAAAGUGGGGCAUGCCUUACACGACUUGGACAGUGUGUUCGGCCCGCUGUCUCGCUCCCCUAAGGUCGCCGCCAUUUGCAAGUCCCUGGGCUUCCGGCGGCCCUUGCCCGUCCAAUCUAUGUACAUAUUCAAGCAACCGGGCAUAGGCGGCGAGGUGGUGCCCCAUCAGGACAGCUCGUUUCUGUACACAGACCCGCCCUCGUGUGUGGGCGUGUGGGUGGCGGUGCAGGACGCCACGGUGGACAAUGGCUGCCUGUACGCUCUGCCAGGCUCACACAAGGACCCCUUAGCGCGCCGGUUUCUGCGGGACGGCAAGGGCGGAGUGACGUUUGACGCGCCCAGCCCCACAUACGACCUCACCCAGUUCGUGCCUGUCCCAGUCAAGGCCGGCACUGCCGUCAUUCUGCAUGGCCAGCUCGUGCACUUCAGCUACGAGAACAAGUCCCCCGUGUCACGCCACGCCUACUCCAUGCACAUUGUCGAGUCGGACGGGGCGGCAUAUCCGUCCGACAACUGGCUUCAAGUGGCCGCAGAUGACCCACCGUUCCAACCGUUUUAUGCUGCAUCAUCCACUGCAGCUGCUCAUUAG